CUCCAUGGUAAAUAAACAUGGCGGUGUCUGGUGAGUGGGAAAUAGUUUUCAUAAAUGUGCAGACAACUUGUGAACGAUACAUUUCUCUGGUUAUUAAUCGCAUGUCAUAAUGUGGAUAUGAGUUGCGCUUUCAGUUUCAAGAUAAUAUACAUUUUAGUAGGCUUAGCAUGGGAGAAGUAACGUUAUCUACUACUUAGCUAGCUAGAGAACGUUAGCUACCUAGCAUUCUAUCACGAACAGCACAGCAACAGCAUGUUAAAUGUUUAAGCAAGCGUGCCAAUCAGACAUUUUGGAAAUACAUCACUGUAAGCAUGUACAUAAUUGAUAUGAAUGGGAAGAUUUAGAAGAAGACUUGUUUAACUGUUCAUUUGUCUCAUUCUUGCAGGAAAACAUCCAAUUUUGUCCUCCACACCACUGCAGGUCCUGUUCUACCUCAACGGCUGGUAUUUUGCUGCCUACUUCCUUGCUGAGGGUCUGAUGUUUGUUUACAAAGGAUUGUUGUUACCAUACCCACCAGCUAGUCUCACGUUGGACGUUGGGCUACUACUUGUUUUCCUUGGCCUGGAGUCCCUCCGAAUAUUUUACGGUUGGAAGGGGAACUUAACAGAGCGUUCUCUGGCCAUGUCAGUGAGUGUGCUGGUCCUGGUGCCGUGCACAGUGCUGUCUGUGUACUACCUGAUGCUGCAGACAUUCGUCCUGCGCCUGGAGUUCAUCCUUAAUGCUGUGUUACUCUGCUUCUACAGUCUGGAGAUGCUGCUGGGAAUCAUGUCCAUAUCUGCUUUCUCCAGGUCAAAGGUGUACUAAGGAAGACGAAUGCUGUAAUGUUCCCCAUCGUUUGAAGAGGAAAGGAAAAAAGGCUUUUCACCAUGUUUGUUAUGUGAACAUAUUUAAGUCCCACGUGUUGGAGUUUUUCUGUUUUUAUAUUGUCUGUUAAUAGCUGAAUAUUUAUAUUUUUGUAACGAUGAAAUGUCUUCUAUUUUAUUUUUUACCUGUUUUUGUAUCAACUUUCAAUCUUGUAUGGUACUAGCAACACUAAUGGAAUUGUCUUAUGAGGUUAUUCCAUCUGCUGUGCCUGAUAAUGGAAUUGUCUUAUGAGGUUAUUCCAUCUGCUGUGCCUGAUAAUGGAAUUUAUCUGUACAUUUUUUGUUGUUGUUGAUGCAGAGCACUAUAUUUCAUUAUUAUUUACUUUAAUAAAUACAAUUCCUCAUUCGUUCAUUCA